AUCAAUUCCUCCAAGAAACCAUAAGAUUCCCAUAAAUAAAGAGAAAAGCUGAGACACCACCAUCACCACCAGCACAACACACCCUUUUCAUCUCUCUCUCUCUCUUUCUCAUCUUCAACAGCAGAACUAAAAAUCUAUUGUGUGAAAUAGAAAUCUCCCAAACCCUAACCCUAGAUAAACAGAAGGGAAAAAAUCUAGGGUUUUGAUUUCCCCGAGAAAAUGAAGCAAAUGUCCCUCAUGGACAACAUCCCAUCGACGCCAGGGAAGUUCAAGAUGGAGAAAUCUCCAUACCUUCACAGGCUCAGGUGGCACUCUUCUCUCACCAAGAUCACAUUCUGGUCUUUGGCCUUCUUGUUCUUGAUUUUGUUCUUCUUUUUAAAAUCUCCCUCCCCAGCCUCUCCAUCGUCCUCCGAUCUCUCUCGCCGAUCGCUCCGAACCGAAUCUUGGGGCGGCCCGUCAUGGGAGAAACGGGUCCGGUCAUCUGCCCGAGUCCGAUCUCGUAAUGGGUUCUCCGUCCUCGUCACCGGAGCCGCCGGCUUCGUCGGAACCCAUGUCUCCAUGGCCCUCAAACGCCGCGGCGAUGGAGUUCUCGGGCUCGACAAUUUCAACGACUACUACGAUCCGUCGCUGAAACGGGACCGCCAGAGGCUCCUAGAGCGCACCGGAGUGUUCAUCGUCGACGGCGAUAUCAACAACGCGACCCUGCUUCGGAGGCUUUUCGACAUUGUGGCAUUUACCCAUGUAAUGCAUUUGGCAGCUCAGGCUGGUGUGAGGUACGCUAUGGAAAAUCCUAGUGCUUAUGUGCAUAGUAACAUUGCUGGGUUUGUUAAUGUUCUUGAAGUGUGUAAGUCUGCGAAUCCACAGCCUGCAAUUGUGUGGGCAUCGUCGAGUUCUGUGUAUGGACUCAAUUCAAAGGUGCCAUUUUCUGAAAAAGAUCGAACAGACCAGCCUGCAAGUCUCUAUGCAGCCACUAAGAAGGCUGGUGAAGAGAUUGCUCAUACUUAUAAUCAUAUAUAUGGACUUUCGCUUACUGGUUUGCGGUUCUUUACGGUUUAUGGUCCGUGGGGAAGACCAGAUAUGGCUUAUUUCUUCUUUACCAGGGAUAUAUUGAAUAGAAAGUCUAUACCAAUCUUUCAAGCGCCUAACCAUGGAACGGUCGCGCGGGAUUUUACGUACAUUGAUGAUAUUGUAAGGGGUUGCUUGGCUGCAUUGGAUACUGCGGAGAAGAGUACUGGCAGUGGUGGGAAGAAGAAGGGGCCAGCUCAAUUGAGGGUGUUCAAUUUGGGGAAUACUUCCCCGGUGCCAGUUUCGGACCUUGUGAGCAUUUUGGAGAGGCUUUUGAAAGUGAAGGCGAAAAGAAAAAUUAUGAAGUUGCCGCGGAAUGGGGAUGUGCAAUUUACACAUGCAAAUAUAAGCUUGGCUCAGAGGGAGCUUGGGUAUAAGCCCACAACUGAUCUGCAGACGGGUUUGAAGAAGUUUGUUCGAUGGUACCUGAGUUACAAUGGUUCUGGAAAGAGGAGUGUGCAGUGAUACAUUCUUUCAAUUGUGUGGGAAUUUGCAUCCCACGACGAAGAAGAUUUUUGGGUUGCUGGACACUGUUUGCUGGAUUCCUAGCUAUCCAGAACCAUCCAUUUUAAUUCUUGGGAAAGUAAUUGUUGUAGAUUUAUUAUUGUAGAAUUCAUGACUGAUAGAGCGUCUUGAGAUUGGUGAACUUGUAUAAUCUCUAUGGAAUUUCAAUAAUAUAUGAGAAUCAUUAGUUUGGCUUUUCUGUUCU